CAGCACGUCCGAACCCGAGUCGCGCAGUGCGUCCGGCGCUUGUUGCUGGAGUCGACGAGGUAGUCUCCCCAGGCAGACGUAGACAAUUAUUUCAACCUUCGUGCCUCAGGAUAUCCUUGUCUGAGGCGUGGGGACCGUCGCCGGGUGCAGAUGCGCGUGUGUGGCGGGGGCGGUGUGACCGCCGACGAGGACGGCAUCAGUCACAUCUUGGUCACAUCCUCGUCCGCUCCCCGACAGAGCUCACUGGCCCGCCACCUGCACGCCGAACCACCUACCGCGUCUCAUGCAUACCCACCCUCUGGCAGGUCGUGCACCACCGUUCCCCUGAAGGUCAUACGCGUCACCGUCCCGUGUUCCUGCAGUCCGCCCACGUACACACAGAGACCUCCUCGGCGCGACUCGAGAAAAAGCUCCAUGUUUGAAAUACCGUUGUUGCAUUCUGGACCCUAUUUUCCGGUUCUGGCCGCUGUCGUGCUCCACGCCCGCCUAUCCUCUCCUCUCCACCUCCAGUCUGCUCAUACGGUCUGCCAUCCCAUAAGAGCGCUUCAGUGUAGUCGCAAACUUCGGGGGAAAUUGACGUACUUGGAGGCUUGUAGGGCAACGAGAGUCGUUCCGGCUCCUACGUAUACUGCGAGCCAGCCUACCAUACAUGUAUCCCAAGAUUGCAAUCACAUCUACCGUCACAACACCAGGAGGCACGAGGUUCGUUUGUCACCCCGGCUGGAGGCGUGAUACUGACGGACACGGUUGCUUGAUGAAUGAAUCACUGCGUAUCUCAGGACUAGCUACGCACGGAAGGUCUGCUACGUACCUCUGAUGACGCUCGAUUCUCGCCCCCACUACUCCCCCGUCUCAGGCGACGGGCUGGUGCUGGCACACCGGGAC